AUGGCUCUCGCUGAGCUCAACUACGUCGUCUACGACAAAGAGAUGCUGGCUAUCAUACGCUCUUUUAAGUACUUCAUGACCUCUAAGACUCUCAACGCUCGUCAAGCACGCUGGGCAGAGCUCUUUUCCGAUUACAACUUCAUUAUCACGUAUAGACCAGAGACCGCCGUCACUAUCGAAGAGAUCGCGGAGCUUUUAUCGAUAUUCCGAGUUAUUGACCAAGUCUUAGAAGCUAAUCGGACCGCUCUUAGUUUCAUAGCACUUCGAAUUCAAGCUUUUAGAGCUGAGUCCUUACUCGUGAACUACGGUUCACGGGCCAAACUCAUUAUAGAAGGCGACUUGCUGCUUUAUGACGGCCGCUUAUUGGUUCUCGACGUUUAA